AUGACCACCGCCCAUCGUCCCACCUUCGAUCCGGCCAGAGGCAAAGAAGCUCUCCGCGGCCCGGCCUACCACCAACGCCUCCUCCCAGCGCACACCCAACUCAAGUUCCGCCAAGCAGGCCAGGGCGGCAACGCGGAUGAAGAAUCCAGCGACCUCAGAGCCGAGCUCCUCGCCGCCGAGGCCGCCCACUUUGCCAAAAAGAACGGCGGCGCGCCUCCCCCGUCCGCAGACGACGAUGCCGACGCGCCCUCGGGCAGCGUGAAGCGUGCCCUCGAGGCCGGGUCGCAAGCAGACGCAGAAGAGGACUUUGAAGCGAAGCGGAGGAGGAUAUUAGAAGAGUCGCGGGACGUUGACGCAUCUUCAGACGAGGAAGGGGACGAAGAGGACGAUGACGACGACGACGAUAGUGACGAGGACAGCGACGACGAGGAGGCGGAGCUGCAGCGCGAGAUGGAGAAGAUUCGACGCGAGAGGGCGGAGAAGAGGGAGAAAGAAGAGAGGGAGAGGGCCAAGGUCGAGGAGGAGGCGCGGGAGAGGGACAUUGCGCUGGGUAACCCACUGUUGAAUAAGCCUGAUUUCAACAUGAAGAGGCGGUGGGACGACGAUGUCGUUUUCAAGAACCAGGCGAGGGGAACGGAGGAGAAGGGCAAGGGCAAGGAGUUUGUCAACGAUCUCCUGCGCUCCGACUUCCACAAGCGGUUUAUGAGCAAGUAUGACGGUGCUCGAGUUGCCUGGCGAGGCCCAUUGAGUCCAUCCUUGGCCCCAGUAUGGACUGGACGCAACAGAGGAUCGACCACCGGAUACAACGUCGACAUUCUCACUUCAGAGGUCACCAUUAUUGGUAUAUCCCGCGAUCAUGUGCCCGAUUCCAAGCUCAACUACAUUGGAUUCUUUCUAAAGUUUGAUGUUUCUCACUUGCGAAUUACGUUCAGCGCCAAUUGGAAUCGCCGGCAUCUUGCCCCUGAGCGGGCCGCACAAGCGGAUCGAGCCCGGACGGAUAUUUGUGAGACUCCGUCCGGUACCCAUGGUCUUGGCUCCGGCGGCGAAGGCUGUGUAAAACUGCGAUGGUCUCAUAUUGGGAAGGAUCGCGAGUAUGUAAUGGCCGUCCCUGAGACUUACACGAGUCCCUGCCGGCUAUUCCGCGUCCACGCGAGCUUCGGACACCCGAUGGACCCCAGUCGAGAACUAGGAAGUCCCCGCGACGCCCACGCAGCGGAGUACCUCAGAUCUCUGAGGCCUAUGCCCCGGCCGCCGAGGGAAGGACCAAGUGAUACCGAUCUCGCACGCGCACGACGACCAAUCUACUUCUUCUACUCUGGCCGGCGUCCAGAACUCGGAGACCCCUAUGUGUCUAACAACAAUGACGACGCGCUGAGUGAUAUCGAAGGAGAGCUUGAUUUCCCCAUGUCAGAUGACGAUUCAUCAGACUGGAGCCUCAACAGCUGUCCAGGACUCUCUGAUGGCUCAUCUGCCGAUCACGAACGCAGUCCGAAAAUGCAAAUCAGCCCAAUACUGGAUUGUCCGAGCAUUCAGUAUCCCGAGUUCGAGUACCCAGAGAGGCCAUACCAGUCGGCUGAUGGACGACUUGCAACGCGGUUUAUAAACAUUCAUGACCACACGGACUUUCUCAUUUACAUCCAAGGGCUCUGUCGUCCAGAGACCCGGACCGGCAGCUGGGCAUACCUCUUCAAGCCCUACCACCUCGGAGGAGCCGUCACUGGGCGCCUAGAGAGGUUGGGCCCAUACGGCGACCUUCGCACGCCUGUGAGGCACAGAGCUGAGCUUCGCGCAGCCCUCGCGGCACUGACAAUACCCGCCGAGUUUAGACACGGCUUCAGAUCACUCACGAUUGCGACCACUCGCGCCUGGCUUGCAGAAGACGGAGAGCUGUUGGUUGAACAGGCAUGGGACGAAAUGAGUGAAGCAGGAUCCAACCCUCUGCCGGGCUGGGCAGAGGCUCGCCACACCCCAGAGUUUGCACACGUAUCCGACGGAGACCUUUGGUUUGCCAUGAAACGACAGAUUCAAACUCUCUAUUCGAUUGAUGACCCUCAAAAUGCGGUGACUGUUCAGUUUCGCCUGAUCAAUUUCGAGUUCAAUAGAGAUUGCCAAGCAGAGGCCUUGGGGGCUCUCGAAAAUCCUCGGCGACCAUAUCGCUUCAGGGAGCCCAAGCCCAAGCAGGAGUUGUAA